GAAGUCACGCAGUUCAACCAGCACGGCGACAAAGUACAGCACGAUAAGCUGAGUAAGUAAUUCGCAUUGGCCGACUUAAGUUGACCAACAACAUCGUAGCAGCUGGUGUUCCUGAACUUGAACGCAAUGCAUUGCGCUAGAAUAGUGGCUCGAUUGGGACCAUGGCGAUCCGGCAGGUCCAUCGCCAGCUUGGCCGCCCUGCCGGAAACGCACCAGAUGCUGCAGAAGACGUGCCGGGACUUUGCCGACAGCGAGCUGGUGCCGGUCGCGGCCAAGAUCGACCGCGAGCACUGCUAUCCGGCGGAGCAGAUCGCCCGCGCUGGAGACUUGGGCCUGAUGGCGAUCACGUUGAGCGAGCGGUACGGUGGGACCGGACUGGAUUACAUGGCGUACGCGAUCGCCAUGGAGGAGGUUUCGCGCGGGUGCCCGUCGAUUGCGGUUACGAUGUCGAUCCACAACUCGCUGUACUUGGGGCUGCUGGAGAAGUAUGGCAGUGAGGAGCAGAAGGAGCGGUUUUUGCCGGGGUUUUUGGACGGGAGGAGGAUUGCGUGCUUUGCACUGUCCGAACCGGGGAACGGGUCGGAUGCUGGGGCUGCGUCGACGACGGCGACGUUGAAGGGAGAUCGCUGGGUUUUGAACGGGACCAAGUGUUGGAUAUCGGGUGGGUACGAAGCUACCAAUGGGAUUGUGUUUGCUACGACGGAUAAGAGCUUGAAGCACAAGGGGAUUUCGGCGUUUGUGGUUCCGAUGGAUUCGAAGGGGUUGAGCAGGGGGAAGAACGAGGACAAGCUUGGGCUUCAUGGGUCGUCGACGUGUCAGCUGAUAUUCGAGGACUGUGAGAUUCCCAAGGACAACCUGAUUGGUCAACCUGGGUAUGGUUUCAAGAUCGCUAUGCAAUCACUGGACGCAGGGCGUAUCGGGGUGGCCGGACAGGCUCUUGGGAUCGCGCAAGCUUCGCUGGAGUGUGCCGUCGAUUAUGCCAACAAGCGGACUGCCUUCGGAAAGCCGAUCUCCAAGCUGCAGAUGAUCCAAAGCAAGAUCGCGGACAUGUCCGUGAGGUUGGAAUCGGCGCGACUUCUUACGUGGAGAGCCGCCUGGUUGAAGGAUAACAAGCAUCCGUUCACGAAGGAAGCUGCCCAGGCCAAGCUGGCGGCCUCGGAAACGGCUACGUUCUGUGCCCACCAGUGCAUGCAGGUUCUCGGCGGAAUGGGCUACGUGACGGACAUGCCUGCGGAACGGUACUACCGGGAGGCGAGGAUUACGGAAAUCUACGAGGGCACCUCGGAAAUUCAACGGCUUGUCAUCGCCGGGCAAGUGCUUAAGGAGCUAUCUACUUAAAGUGAAUAAAACUGCAUUUUUUGUUUUCAUACUAUUAAAA